AUGAUCAACUUCAAUGUAUCUGCGUCUUUUAAUGUCAUAAAAAUCCUUUUCAAACCGGGCAUCUGCCUCCCGCAUCACACUGUGCCAAACUUUGGCGAAUUGCCAAUUCCCCUGGAUAAAGGUUUUCGGAGCAGCGGAUACAAUUCGCAGGUCCAAGCAGUGGUGUUGGACAAGGAUGACUGCUUCGCCUAUCCUGAGACGAGUGAGGUGUACCAACCAUAUCAGGAACAUUUCGAGGCGCUGAAGAGGGCGUAUCCUGGGCGCAAACUCCUCAUUGUCUCCAACACAGCUGGCGCGAAGAGCUGGGAUCGCAAGGGGGAUCAGGCUGUCGAUGUUGAAUCCGCGACGGGCAUCACUGUGCUUCGUCAUGCCGUGAAGAAGCCUGGGUGCGGCGCAGAGAUUAUGGACUACUUUAAGCAGCACCCCGAAACGGGCGUGACGCACCCGUCCCAAGUCGCCAUCGUAGGCGACCGCCUGACCACCGACAUGAUGCUCGCCAACAUGAUGGGUGCAUGGGGCGUGUGGGUGAAGGAUGGAGUGAAACCGUUGAAGCAGAAGAGCAUUUUUGCCCGCUUGGAACAUCGUCUCGAAGCCUUCCUGCGGAGACGAGGCUACGAUGCACACGAACCUAUGAGCCCAUUCGAGGAUGUGAGAUCCAAGGGGGUGUUGGCGCAGCCUUUUAUCAUGGGCGGCAAGACAUGGCAAGAGGAUGAGGAGAAGUACUUCUGGCAUCGGCUGAUUCCCACGUCACCGGAAGGACUGGACCCGGCAAUUGCGAAGAAGUCGUGGGGAGAAUGUGCUGCGCAGAUGCAACAAGACCUGGGUUAUCGCGGCCAUCGCAAGUAUGGCAAGCAGAUGAUAUACGAGCAUUUCUACCAGAACUGCGUUACUGGGCGUGACAGGCCCAUCGAGCAUGCCCCUAACGCCAAACGCGCCAAAAAGGAGAAGCCUACUGCAGCUGCUGUUUCCAUGGCGAACGACACUGACAAGUCGAACUGCGAGGGAGAAAACACUUGUGCGCCCUCAGCCAAGCCGGCUAACAAGGCAAUGGGUCGCAUGCAUUUUCACAUUGGCAGGGCGUUCGGGAAUAGCAAACUGGAGACAACUACUGUUGGAGCGGUGCCAGCGGUCCCUGGCAUGGACAACGACCCUGGCGUGAAAGCCAUGAAAGCGGCCAUGGAGUCAUGCGCAGGAAAGACAGUCAUGUCCGGCGUAAUGGGGUUUGGAAUGGGUGGUCUCUUUGGCAUGUUCAUGGCAUCCAUGUCAUACGACACUCCUUACGGCAGCCCCGGCACACCAGGCAACUCGCUCCAAGGCCUGCCCCUCCGCCAACAGCUCAAACUCGGCUUCAAGGACAUGGGCACACGCUCCUACUCCAUGGCCCGCAACUUUGGCAAAGUCGGCGCGCUCUUCUCCGGCAUCGAAUGUGGUAUCGAGGGCCUACGCGCCAAGAACGACCUCGCAAACGGCGUCGCUGCAGGCUGCCUGACGGGCGGCAUCCUGGCGAAGAACGCGGGCCCACAGGCGGCUGCGGGCGGGUGUGUGGCGUUUGCCGCAUUCAGCGCAGCGAUUGAUGCGUACAUGCGACAGCCGAGCGACGAAUAG